AUGGCACAUUCAACAUUACCGCAACGGCUAUUGCAAGCAGUAUUACUAUGUCUCUGCACAACCUAUACUAGCGCUUUGACGCUAGACACAACCAGUGCAGCCUCAAUCAGGGAGGUCUCGUCGCAAGUCGCACACGGAUUGAUGAAGUACUACACCGGCAACAACACAGGAGAUGUCCCGGGAAAUCUCCCAGCCCCAUACUACUGGUGGGAAGCUGGUGCUAUGUUUGGAGAGAUGGUGGAAUACUGGUACUACACUGGAGACACAACAUACAACACCGAGGUCAAGCAAGCGUUGCUACACCAGAUUGGCGACAAUAACGACUACAUGCCCGCCAAUCAGACAAAGAGCUUGGGGAACGACGAUCAAGUCUUCUGGGCAUUCGCAGCAAUGACGGCCGCUGAGGUCGGAUUCGAGAACCCUCCGGAUGGUUCUCCCUCCUGGUUGGCACUGGCACAAGCUGUCUUCAACGAACAAACCGAACGAUGGGACCCUGAUACCUGCGGCGGAGGCCUUCGCUGGCAGAUCUUCUCUUUCAAUGUCGGCUACAACUACAAGAACGCUAUCUCCAACGGAGGUCUUUUUCAUCUUGCCGCUCGCCUUGGUCGCUACACUGGUAAUCAAACAUAUAUCGACUGGGCCAACAAGGUAUGGGAUUGGUACGAGGACUCGGCCUUGUGGGAUGCAAAAGACUACGUUAUCCUCGACGGUGCGAGUACGACAAACAACUGUUCCGACGGUAGCAAAGAGCAAUGGUCCUACACAUAUGGUGUCUUCCUAUCUGGCUUCUCCUACAUGUACAACCAUACUGAAGACGAAGCCUGGCUAACCCGCAUCGACGGUAUGCUAAACACGACUACCGCCACAUUCUUCCCCGAGGGCAUGGGCCCGAAUAUCAUGGUUGAGACGACUUGCGAGCCUCUCGGAAACUGCAAUAACGAUCAACGCUCCUUCAAAGCCCAUCUAUCGCAAUGGAUGGCCGUGACCGCACAACUUGUGCCAAAAUAUCACGAUAGAAUCUUCAAUCUUCUCGCACCCUCCGCCAAAGGCGCUGCUGGACAGUGCGACGGCGGAUCUGACUCUGUGACCUGCGGGCGCAGAUGGAACAGUACAACAUGGGACGGCACAUAUGGUGUUGGAGAACAGAUGUGCGCGUUAGGUGUCAUUCAGGCGAACAUGAUGAAUGUUGUCUCUCUCAAACCGCCGUAUACCUCGGUCUCCGGCGGCACCAGCAAGAGCGACCCUAACGCGGGUACUGGCUCGAGUGGUACGUCUUCAGAAGGCGGUCAGGCGAUUCAUUUGACGCCGAUAACUACGGGCGACAAGGCUGGUGCUGGCGCCAUCACCGCAGUCAUUCUUUUGUUCUUGAUGGGCGGUACAGCCUGGCUGCUGAUUGCUUGA